AUGAACCAGGUGGACAACCUCCUCGAGGAGCUCGUGCUCCCCCACGAUGGAAACCUGCUUCUGGACAUCAACGGCCUUGUUGCCGGCUACACGGAUUCCAAAAAAACAAAGUACCUUGCUGCAAAAGGCGUCAAGCGGUUCGAUAAGUUGGACCCCGUCACCACCGACACAAGACUUGCUUUCUUCAGCUGCACCAAGACCAUCACGGCGAUGGCUGUGUUACAGUUAUACGAGCAGGGGGUCAUUGAUUUGGACGCUCCAGCCAAAAAGUACCUCCCCAUGAUCGGUGAAAUCGGCCUCAUAGAUCCAGGCCAGGUGGACGACGAAACAGGCGAGUUCAAGACGCCACCAAGGAAACCCGAAAACGACGUCACCGUCCGCCACUUGCUUCUCCACACAGCGGGGUUUGCCUACAUGUUCACCGACCCGGACUACUUCAACAUUGUCAUGAACAAGCACAGAGAACACACCGGCGCUACUCCUUCGUUACGCAUGUUCUCCACCGACGUGAUGCCCUUGGUGUUUGAGCCAGGCACGCUGUGGCGCUAUGGUCAUUCGCUGGACUGGUUGGGUUUGGUGGUGGAGGCUGCUACGAAAAUGAAGUUUUCUGACUACCUCCAGAAGAACAUCUUUGACCCAGCGGGCCUCUCCUCGUUCACCUUCCGUAUCGAGAACGAGGACGCCUUGGUUCCUGUGAGUAUGCGUCGUGACGACGGCUCGUUGCGUGUGUUGAAGAAGAAGCCUGUUCCUCAUAAACCCAGCAUUGACAUGGGUGGCCAGGGCUGUUUUGGCACUGUGGGCGAUUUCUUGCAAUUCAUGAGAAUCUGGCUCAACAAGGGUCUCUGUGUGGAGACCGGUGCCCGGAUCUUGAAGCAAGAGACAGUAGAAUACGCCAUCAAGGCUCAUUUACCUGAAGGAGUCCAUGUGGAGCUCGAUACAGCCAUGACCGGCGAGGCUCCCUCCGACUUUGUUCCAGACAACUUCACCCUCACAGGCACAGCGUACAACAUGAAUGACUUGCCCACUGGCCGGCCCAAGGGCUCGAUCUACUGGGCUGGCUUGGCGAGCUUGUACUUCUGGAUUGACUUUGAGAAUGACCUUGCAGGCUUCUUUGGGUGCCAGAUCCUCCCAUACCUUGACUCGCCAUGUCUUGUUGGGUACAUCAGGUACGAGAAUGCUGUGUACGAGGCGGAGAAGAAGGAGAAGAACCGUGGCAAGCUCUGA